ACGGCUCAAGUCGGAAGUGCUCGAGAGCGGUCUUGUUUAUGGGGUGCGUUGUGUGCUUUCUGGCCUGACGCUGCCCCAAUAUGGACCGCAGAAAGAAGCCGUUGGAUGUGGCGGUUUCCUCGCUUGUAGACUUGAAAGCUGAACUUUUCCGAAAACAGGAAGAAUUCAAGAGAGAAAAACUUCUGAAAGAUGCUGGAGCUCCUGUAAAGUCCAAAGCAAUAUACAAGAAGCCAAGCAUUUGGACGAAGCAGAACACAGGUGUGUCAGAUCGGGCUGAGAAAGAUGCCGAACAGAAGAUAGAAGAGCAGCAAACACUGGAUAAAUCAAGACAGAAGCUCGAAGAAAAAGCACAGCUCUAUGAGAAAAUGACAAAAGGAGACUUUCCAGAUGAAGAAACUGAGGAUCUGUACCUUGUGGAUUUCACUCAGAAGAUCAUUGACAAACGGAGAGAAGUACAAGAACAGUGUGCAAAUGAAGCUGCCCGGAAGGCAGAAGCUAAGGAGAAUGAGGAAGAAGAGAGACUCUCAGAAGCAGAGAUUCCACCUCCCCAGGACCCUACUGAAGAAUGGAUUGACUAUGUGGAUUCCCUGGGCCGUUCUAGACGCUGCAUGAAGAAAGAUCUGCCACAUUUGCUUCAGAUGGAUAAAGAACUUCAGGGAAAGAGGCAAAUGACUGAAGGGAAGACUUUGUUAUCUGAAGAUAUGAGAAAGGAGCUUCAGCGUCAGGAGUGGGAAAGAGAGGAAGAAGAAGCUCUGAAGAAACCAGUGGGACCAAUACAUUAUGAGGACAUACGUGAAAAUGAGGCCCGGCAGCUUGGUGUUGGUUACUUUGCCUUUGCCCGUGAUCAGGCUUUGCGAAAAAAACAAAUGGAAACUUUAGAAAUGUUAAGAGAGCAGACUACAGACCAGAGAGCAAAACGUGAACAUCUAAAGGAGAAGCGUAAAGCUGUUCUAGAAGCUAGGCUCUCUAAGAUUCGAGCCAAAAAGAGAAUGAAGGAUGGUGAUGUAAAGGAAAAUGAAGCGGAGGAAAAUGUUGUAGAGUCAGCAGCAGCUGAAGCCAAGCCUGCAGAAGUGCCAAGAGCUUCCACACAAAGUAGAAAAGUUGAAGUUGUUAUCCAGGAACGAAAAGAUACAAAGCCAGGAGUUCCCUAUGUUCGAGAGUGGGAUAAAGGCAAAGAAUUCACUUUUGGACUCUGGUCAAAGAAGCAGACAGAACUCAGGAAUGAACGAGACCCAGAAUUUGCGCCCCCACCUGCUUACUUUUAUGAUCAAAAGAGAACCUGUGACUUUAAAAGCCAGAACUGGAAUAAACCUGGAUCCUCAUAUGAAAAAACUGAGCAGAAUCUGAGGAGGAGCUUUCCAUCCCCAUCAGCUGACACUCAGAGUGACAGCUCACGGGGCAGCCAGUUUCACUCCACUCAGGCAUAUGAUAGCACUUUGCAAGACCAGGAGCUGCUUCACCAAAGUUUAGAUGAUAUGCUGUCAUACUACAAACAAGUGACAUGAUCUUUAGACAUUCGUUAGGCAAGGCCACUGGCUUCCAGAUGAAGUAGACACACUUGCUAAAGGUCCUAAACUUUUGUCUUGUUUCAGUGUAUCUUGGUAGGUUAAGUAAGAAAUGUCUUUGCAGUGAUAUGAUAUAAAUCUUGCUGCAACAACCAAGUGACUUAGGUCCCAACUAAGAUUGAAUAUUUCUAUUUAAAAUGAUACUAAUUCUGUAGUGUGUUUAUAGAUCAUUACCCUUUGUGUUGCUGCUUGUGUCAUCAUAAACACUUUGGGACCCAAAGACCUACUUCAGGCACACUCCAGGACCUUCAACAUAACCAGUAUAGUCUGAUCCUAGAGUAGGAGGAUAUAAUGUCUUUCCAUUUCUGACAUUUUCUGUAUACACCGCCAGUUUUCUGCACAAAAGCACCCUCACGUGAGUUCUUUCAUAAAUUCUUGGGACAGUUUGUUAGUGUUUACUUUUCUAACCUCCUUAGCCCUUUAGAUGAGGAGGACCAUCAGAUCCAAAGAGCACUCAUUAAGGAUGCUGUAUCAUCCAUCUCUAAACUUUUCCUUAUGGGGAUACAUCCCAGCGUCUUUCAGUACUCUGAGGCCCCAAGGAAUAAUUUGAUUCCCGUAAUAAUCUCCAGAGUGUUUUGUAUCAUGCAUUUCUCUUUCAUGUGAUUUUAUUUGUUCCAUUCACUUUUGUCAUAUAUUUGUACUAUUUGAAAAGCAUAGUGAUGCUAUCCAUUCACCUGUAUAGGUGGACAUCUCAGUACCGUUAGCCAUUGCAUGAAGCCUUGUGGGGAAAAUCAAAAGAACACAGGUGCUGAUGACAAAGCUCAGUAGUCCAGGACAAAAUAUAUAAAGUUGACAGAAAUGAAAAUUGAGUAUAAAAUACACACAAAAUGCUUUAACAUUAGAAAAUGCAAAUGUGAAAAGCCCUAUAUCUAAAGCACGUAUCAUAACAGGCAAAAUAAAAGUAGAAUUGUAAAAUCUAAAAAUAGACUAAAAUGUGAACAAAAGUAGACAUGACACCAUAACAUGCAUCUUUUUAAAAACUACAAAUGGGCCAUUGUGAUACAUAUUUUGGAUAUGUUUUUAAUAUUGGCAUUUUCUAACUGAUUUUAUUGUAUAUAUAGUUGCAUCUUACUUUCAGUUUUCAUGUUACUUUUUUCUGAUGAAAUGAAAUACAAGGAUGAGGCCCAUAUAGGAUGAGGGUCCUUGGUUCAAGAGAAACAAAGUCGCUUCCCCCCUCCAUGCCCAAUUUCACAGAACUAGGGAAAUGGUAUCCACUAGAUUCUCACUGUUCGCUAUGUAAGCCAAGGCUGAUAGGAAGUGUGGUCCAGCAACAGAUGCAGAGCUACCCACUACACACCACUGGUCUAGUUUUCUUUAUCUCAGGAUUAGAGUAGUUCAUUUUUUACUAGGUAAAUUCUGUUUUUAUUUCAAUUAGUGUUUAGCACUUAGUGUAUCAUUCUGAACCAUGUUUUCAUAAUGGUAGUCAGCCAUUGUUCUUGUACAGAAUCCUGUUAAAUACAGUUUCUGCAUUUGCCUGAUCAUCUGUACACUAUCAACAGUGUAGCGGGUGCGAAUAGUUCAUAAGAGUCAGCAUGCUCAGACUGCCAUUUUAAUGAUGCAUCAUGUGAGGAAUUCCUGGAUUAACCUAAGUAACCCAAGCACACAUUUCAAGGUGUCCUUUUCCCUGAUUCAUCAGGAUUGUGGUGAUUGGUAGCAAAGUAAAAUUGAAUGUGCUUUCUCACUCUAUGCUGUCCAUGUUACACCAUACUGAAGUUAUAUCAAAAGUUAAGGAAAAUGGUAUUUAUAGGUCCUUCCUUGCUGUAAAAUGUAGGAUUUCAGGUCUGUUCUUGAAGUGAAUGAUAUAGUCAUAAGAAAUGAUGUGGGAAGCUUUUUUUUUGGCAGUGGUGUUAGCAAAUAAGAGAGCCUUUAACAAAAUUAACCCCUUCCUUUAUUGCUUAACUUGUUCAGUGAUUGUAAUAGGUACAACCUGUAAUGCUUUCGGUGCAUUUUCUGUUUGGGUAGAACAAGAACCCAUUAGUUUUAAAAGCAUGGGUUAAUUGCUUGGUGGUUUAGCCUUUAAACAGUCCAGUGUUGUAACUUCACCUGUUACAUUGCACAGCCAGCAAAGAAGCCCUUUGUGGGCUGUGAGCUAAAGGGUAGUGUGCCUAUUUUCCCUAACAACCCAUUAAAAAAUGAAUGGGUCUUCAUUAUGUGUGAACCAGGUCAUUCAUGAAGAGACUGCUUCACUGAGUAGGAGAUGGGGGAGAAGACAGUUCUAUGCAUCCUGAGCAUAUUUUCCUUCAAGAAUCAAGCACAGUCCAAGAUGGCCUCUAAAUGCUUGUCCUAGUCCAUUAGGCCUGGAAUUUCCCAAAUUUCUUGCUUAGUAGAUGAUAGUAGUCCACCUCAGUCUUCCUUAGGGCAUGCGCAGUGGAAGAGUUGUUAAUGUGCCUUCACUUUCACCAACAGUGUAGAUUUCUAACAUUUUAGAGAUAUUGGUAUUGUGCCAGUGUGGUAUUAGAUGGCAAAACAUCCAUAGAAUUGGUUGCUCUGCCUGAGAAGAGAUUUGCCACAGCUGUGUUUUUUCACUGAAGUAGGGAACCAUUUUUGUAUAGAGAGCAAGUGACCUGUCAGAAAAGUCAUUUGGAACCUGGAGGUGGGCAGGGCCUCUGCUCUUCUUUCAUUCUUCAAGAAAUAGGGCAUCUGAGUUGAGUUUUAUAGGAUUGUACUGCUAUUGCUACCAAGUACUUUCUUGCAGGUGCUGGCUGGCUGCAAGAAAGGGAGGAUGACAUGAGCUCAGAUCCUCAGUUAUUGUCUUUUUCAACCACUUGCUCCCUGUGUAGUACUGAGAGUAUACCCAGACUUCCUUUUUGCUGUCUUAAUUAAACCUGAACACAUUCAGCAUGCUAAAGCUGUGAUUUCAGGUAAUUCAGGCAUGCAGCUUUUGGUUCUGCUUGAUGCUGCUAAUGAACUUAAAGAAGAGCUAGCAUUUCUAACUCUUAAAAACUUCAGGAUUUGAAGAUACUUCCCUGCCCCCCCCCAAGAAUAUGGUUCCAUUUUAACCUAAUCAGAACAACAUGGAUGCAAGCUGAAAUGUUUCACUAAAUAUGUAUAUAAGCCACUGUAAACAGUGGGUCGCAUUGCAUGAUUCACAUAAGAGAUGUCUUUUUUUGCAGAGAUCUUGGUGGGAAUUUCCAGAAAUUUUGAGUACACAGAUUUGCACAGCAAGCUGCACUUCUAGGAUAUAUACUGUAAGCCAGUGAUAAGAAUCACUUUACCUGUUGAGGGCUGCCAUACCUUUGGGGUCAUCACUUGAGAACAGUAUGCUGGAUUUGGGUGGGUACCCCUUUUUAAUCACCCUCCUGGCUCAGUGGGUUGCCUGUAUGCUGCAGAGGGCUAUAUGAAAGUUGCCCGUGCCUGGUUUACACUGACGGGCAAUUGUUCUCCAGUGUUUUACUGCAGCCCUACUGGGAGAUGCUAGGAAUCAAGGAUGGAGUCAGCUAAGUGCUAAAUAUAUGCUCUACUUCAUCCCUUCCCCAGCCGUUAGGAACAUAGAUGCUACCCUAUACUGCAUGAGACCAUUAGCCCAUCUAGCUUAGUUGUGCUUAUAUGGAUCCUGUUCUGACCAUACCUGGAGAUGUUGGUGUCCUUCCAUAAGCAAAGCCAAUGUUCUGCCAUUGAACUAUAGUCCCACUACAUCUCAUGGUCUCGCUGUGUACCUUUACACUGCUUUCAACUGAUCAUUUUUCCAUGUGACGCACCAGGCAAACUACUCUUGAGUUCUAGAAAGUGGCAUUGAAGCUUCUACAGCAAGCAGACUUCCCUGGUUUGGUGCUGUCCAGAUACGCUGGAUGGCAGCUUCAUGGCCACUGGCCAUGCUGGCAGGGAAUGCUGGGAGCUGAAGUCCAAGACAUCUAGAAAACAUUAGGUCACAGAAGGGUAUUCUACAGUGAAUUCUUUUCAACAGUAAAAGCCCUAAGCCUCUAAGUGAACAAAGCUCUUUACCAAAGAACCUAUAUUAUGAAGUGCUCUCCCAUUAUGACACAAGAAUGGCCAACACCCCAUAGAAUGUGCUAUACAGCUGUAUCUCCUGCCUGCUAAUGUUGUGGCCAAUGGAACAUCUUGUUGGAAUUAAACAACAUUUGGAGGGCCACUAGUUGCCCGCUCCUGCACUAAGAAGUCUGUUUCAAGGUCAGGGAAAGGGAACUGAAGCUCCGUGUCGCUCUGCAGGCCUGUAUCAUGAAUCUUAAAUAGCAGAACUUGGGCAACUUGUGGUCCUCCACACAUUUCAGCUGACAUCCCCCAUAUGCCCUCACCACUAGCUUUGUUGGCUGGGGCUAUUAGGAAUUGUAGGCAGGAAUAUCUGCAGGGCCACAAGUUGCCCAUUCCUGAUGUAUUGAACUUUCUAUGGGACAGAGGCUUUGAGUCUGAGCCCUUUGCCCUUGAUCUCAGUCUGAUGCUUGUCUGAGCCUUUGCCCCUCUUGUGCUCCUUACAGCUGUUGCAAUAUUUGGUGGUGGUUUUUAAAUCUCUGCCUAAGAUAGAUCACUAAAGUUCCUCUACUAUUCCCUACUCUCAAAUGAGAGAAAGAUCAAAGAAAUUGGCUCUUCUCCCCAGGGGACUGUUUAAAACAAUGGUGAAACAGUUGAAAAAGCUCCCCCAGAGUAAUGGGAUGAACUGGCAAAAUUUGGGUCCACAUUUCUGCUCAAAAGUUCAGCUUUUUUUGAUUUGCCUUGACUUGCUUAGGCUUGUUGUGAGCAAGAAAGGUAAUGUAAGACCGUCUGAUUGAGAGAAGCUGGACAGAAGGUGGCAUCACUCUUCCUGUUGCAAAGGUUCCUGUUGGGAACCUUUCAUAACAUGUAUCAAUGAGGUAUAAUUUGGAGAUGGGUAGGCAGAGUAUUUCAGAUUACCUGAAUGUAUUUAAAGGUUCGAUGAUGUUCAGGAUGAAUGUUAUUUACAGAACAUUUAAUUGUAACAUACAUGAUUUUUUCUACUAUAAAUGUUUUCUUGAUAAAACCAUACAUUUUAAAAAGUGAAACUUUUAGACAAAUAGAUCUGUUGUUAUAAAAAUAGCAUAAAGAGUUUAAUUUUAAUCUAUAAUUUAUUGGUACUUUGGGGGCAUUGUGUACUAUCAAUAGAUGUAUGUCUUUGAUA